UAUUGAAACGACGUCGUGACCUUCUGGGGAGCUUCAUUGUUCGUGAGGAAGCGCUGAAGCCCAUUUCAAGAGGGAUCUCAUCAUGAAAGGGGAAGUUCUAAGCGCCUACAGAUCGUUGCUCAGGGCAACCAAAAGAUCCUUUGCCGGCGACACCUUGAUGCUGACCGAGUCGGCCUCCGAGAUACGCCGGAAGUUUCAAGAGAGCCGCCACGUGACCUCCGAGCCUGAGAUUCGCAAACUGCUCGAAGAAGCUCGGGAGGCAUCCCAUUUCAUCUCCAAUAUGAUCGUUCAGGCCAAGCUUACUUCUCGCGGCGGCUAUGAAAUGAAACCGAGUAAAGAUCAUGCUGGUGCAACACUAGAAGUUCCUACUGAAGAGCUUCUACGCAAAUCUAAAUGAUGAGGUGAGAUGAUAGACGCUGACUUCCAAUUUGACGAUUGUUUUAACUUUCAGCUAUUUGCUCUUGCCCUCGGAGGAUCUUGGAAAAUUUUUCUGUUUCCUUUUGUUGGUUCAUUUCAUAUCCAUAUUUAUUUGUUCUCAGUUAAAUGUACUUGGUUGGUAUGGUUCUUGCAUUGGGAUAAUGAAAGUCCCAACGUUAUACCUUUUAUUCCAAUUUGAUGGAUCGAGAAAGUUGGACUCAAAAGUCAAAAUUUGGCUUGCAACUCUUUUUAGUGAAUGAAAUUUUCGAGAAUGAUUUUAUCAAGAA